GGACGAAGCACAAAUCGCCUCUCGGAAGCACAGGGACAUGGCCCGCCAACCGGCGCUGCGCCAAUCGACCACGAAGCGCAAGGCGGCGCCGUCGGACACGCCGCCUGCUGUGCGCCGCCACGUUGUUGCCGACGUGGCGGGUUCGCGAGCGGUCCCAGCGACAAAACCAGCGACGCUCGAGAAGGUCCAUUGGGACUUUGCGGCGGUGCAACUCCAACACAUCAAGCACGGAUGGGACAAGGACGUGCUCUCGCUGCUGUGCGACCUCGGCAUGUCCAAGCUUGCGUCGACGACAUGGGCCGACGUCGCGUGCGUCGUCAACCAGAAGCUGGCGGCGACGCGGCGCCACCCGGCCGAAAAAGCCACCAAGGACAACGUUCUGCGCAUCUACCAGAACCUCCGGCAAAAAAUCGACAGACUGCUGGCACGCGUCGCGCACUGCCCAACGUCGUCGACAUGA